AUGAUUCAACUAACAUCUAAUGAUUGCAGGGCACUAAUUGGAGCAUCUGUAAUUAAUUUCUUGAUAGCUGGUAGUGCCAGACUUUCAACAAUAUUAUUUGUCGAAUCAUUAACUCGUUACAAUGCAAGUAGGAAAGAAACCUCCUUAGUUUAUGUUUUGCCUUAUCUGUUGAGAACUCUUUCAGGUCCUCUGAUUGGAUACUUUGAUCAAAUAUUCGGAUUAAGAAAGCUCAUUAUCGCGGGAUGUCUGGUGUCAACGCUAAGUAUAGGGUUUUGCUUUUUCGCCGAAGAUAUUUUUACAGUCACAAUUUUGUGGGGUGGACUAUUUGGUUUCGGUUACGGAUUAUCACACCAAACUAUUCCACCUUAUCUCAACCAACAUUUUUUUGAAAAUAAAAGCACAGCAAAUGGUCUGGCAUUGACGUUUGCAAGUCUGGGUGCGACUUUAUUACCUCCGGUAAUGCAGGUUUGCAUAAACUUGUACGGAUUGUCUGGAUGCUUCUUAAUUCUCUCUGCUAUGGUAGUCCACACGAUUCCAGCUAAAAGAAAUAUAAGAAAUUUUCCUGGGAAUAAGAUUUUUGUUGUUUUUAUCGACCCAGUAUUUAUCAUAAUGCUUAUUAUCAAUGGCUGUUUUAUAUUUAUUAUUAUAACAAUAUGGACUAUAAUUCUUGAUUACAGCUUGGAUAAAAAUUUAGAUGAGAACAUAAAAAUGCACGUAGUUACACUUAUAUCAGUGUCUGACUUAAUUAGUCGUUUCUCUUCUGGAUUUAUCAUUGAUGCAAAAUACAUGGAACUCACCAAACUGACAUUCAUUAGUUUCUUCAGUACGGGUCUAUUGCUUAUAGUUUUUGUGUUUGUGUAUAAUCCUUUGUUUCUGAUGAUAUGCGAGUUCGCAAUAUUUUUCAUAUUGGGAUCAACGCUGCUUUUAACUAUUGCACUGGUUCCAGAAUUUAUAGAAGAGGAUAAAAGGACUAUGGCUCUAACUAGUGGAAAUCUACUGAGUAUUCCACUUAUUUUAGCAACUCCAUCUAUAAUAGGUUACUUCAGAGGAACUCAUGGUUCAUAUGACGGUGUAUUCUAUAUAUUGGGCAUAACAUCUAUUUUCUGUGCUUUUUCAGCGUGUUUCCUUCCUUAUCUAGCGAAGAAGAAAACGAGAACUCCUGAUCUUGAAUGUGCUACAUAGUGCCCGAACUAUAAAUAAACAAUGAAAGGAAAAAGAAAAAACAGACCGUCUGGAUUGUAUUACGUGAUGCCCGAUCUAUAAACAGACAAUAAAAAAUAAAGACUGACAA